ACACAAAAAGAGGUUCCUACCGCCCAUUGUACGAAUUACGUAGUUAUGUAUACAAUUGUCAGUCACCAUGAAUCUAACUACUAAUCCUUCAGGGACUGCAUACGACGCCAUGACCGCCGCCAGACCCGAGCCUCACUCGCAACACAAUCCCCGCACCGGUCGCAAAGGCGACCCGCGGAUGCACCGAGCUGUCGCAGCUCGAUUGAACGAUCCUAACCUCAGUCUUUUUGACGCCUUGACAGCCGGAGGCUUUACCUACCCGACGGACGAGGACGCCAACUACAUGGACAGUGAACAAGUCACGCUGGGACAACGCAAGAAUCAACUCUCCCGAAGACUCCGACUGGCACGCAAGCAGACGACGCGUCACUCACCCCACCACGAGAACGACGAGAACUCCUCACACAGCUCGACGUCGCACGGAGGCAAACGCUCCCGACCCUCCGACGAAAAUGGACACCACGGGGUCUCUGUACGGAAAAGGAAUGUAGAUCCCAACGACCCAGCCUCGCUACAGAAUGAUCAGCAGCAAAUAAUGCUGGAGGAAUUGAGUGUGGCGACGGCCGAAGCGGAAGAAGACCGUCCGCGUCUCAUGGCGAAAUUCCAUCCCCAGUAUCAUCCCAUACUCGUGCCGAGGAUUGGAAAUCAUCACCAUCCGAUGUGCUCGUCGGCGUCGAAUACGAAUAACCCCUCUACGUCGUCACGGCACAAUCCUUCCGCGACCAACACGCAUUUGGGAAACAGCGACAUGCCUUUCGCCACCAGCAACAAUCGAUCCACGUACGAGAUUCACUACCCUCCCGAACGCAAUAACGAUCCCACGGCACCAUCGGGCGUCGCCAUUGCGAGUCUCAACUCCACCGCCCUCAGCCUCGGUAUCACACUCGAGCAACUCGCAAUGACGCUGAAUAGUACCAGUACGCUGGCUAAAAUCAUCAAUGGGGACAACAACACCGCUCGGCAGAAAGAUCUAGCCCUGCAUUUGUACCAGAACAAAAACAAGGUGUUGUACGAAAAGUCCAUGGUCUUGGCGGGGUACCCAAUGUCGGACGCCCGGGAAGGCUCGGCCAAGCACCUCGAGUUCGCCUUUGACGCCUGGAAAAUUGAAGGCCAGCGUCUGCAAGCGCUCGCGGCGGAUCGACAAGCUGAAGAUCCGCCAAUGGAAGCCAAAACGGGAUCACCGCAGCCCCAUUCUGUCGCUGGCAUAUCCCGUUUGAGUCAAUCGAGCCGAACCGAAUUUAAAAACCACAGCAACAUAGACCCCGGUCGUACGGCGCACAAGAAUUCGUCGACGAAUGGUCACCAACAUCGUCACGCGAACGAAUCGGAAUGCGGACUCGAUGGUAGGCACAUGCAUCGUCUGGAAGGCAAGUGCGGUCACAAGGCCAUCCUGCAUAAAAUGCCGGACGGGAGUGCUCACAUUGACUUUGUUGUCGGUGACAAGGUUGAAUGCUACCAUAGCGUGCAGCCGGCACGGAGUGGCAACGGCGGGAAUCGCCUUAGUGACAUGUGGCCGUCCAAAUAUUUGUGUGAAGAUUUAAAUUGUCCAAAGCACUGUAACAAUCAAGCUUUACAGCACCAACAGCACGGAAAUGAUUGUCAAACUCUUACCGCAUCCAAGAUUUUGGAUUUAGAAUCCAUCGAUUUAGAUGGGAAGGAAUGGAGCACCGAUUUUACGAACGACGACACCAACAGCUUAAGGGCAUUGCUCAACCUCGGCGAUUCGGAUAUAGGUCGAUCGCGGACUACAUCCGUGGACGACGGCCCUACUACGAACGAGCUUUUGGAAAUUUAAAUGAUAAGAAUCAAUGCAAUGUAUUUCUCAAC